GCCAGCCAGGAGACCACGUUUAAGUUCGCAAAGCAAAAAGAAAAAUCCAUAUAACGCGCGGUUUAUCGUAAAUUCUCAAAGUGUGUGUGGCGGUGUUGUGUAUUUGCGUGUAUUGAUAAUAGCAACUGACUUGGAUGUUUCUGUGGGUGCACUGUUAAGAAUGCGCAUUUUUGCCGAAAUUAUUGCCGCAUUUCUAGUGCUAGUGAAUGCCCGCUGGCUUAGUGCAAGCAUAAGCAGUGAAAUAGUGUCCGAAAAUACAUCCCGAAGUGAUGUAGACAGUUUGAGUUCACCUACAGUGGAUACCUUCGUUAACGGUAUUCCACAUGACGCGGAAGAUGUUUACACUCUUAAAACUAAAUCGUCAGCUUCUGCUGAUGGAAUUGGCGCCAGUGGACAGCACAAUUUAAUCACCCACAGUGAUGAGUAUGUGGCGCGCAAUCAGCGCCGUUGUUUUGAGAAACGCAGUUUGGUGUCCUGCAUUAAAUACAAAGCUUCGAAAAUCGUUUGGAUGUUGGCGACAAAUAGCCUUGGUUAUUUUCCCAAUGAGUAUAGUCGCGAAUUAGUGGAUGACCAGCGUCGCAUACGCAUCAUACAGCUGGGUGAACCGGCAGAUAUUGCGGUUUUCAACGAUGCCAGAGGUCUAGAAGGUGACAGUGAAUUUGUGAGCAUAUUUAAGUUUCUCAAACGAGCAGCAGAAACCUUUGGCCGCAAUCAUGGCUUACAAGUCAAACUAUCCAGUGAUACAGGCGCGCGCAUCGUCGACGCCGAUGUUGAUGGGCGUUCGCGUCAUGAAAGAAAACGCCGCAAAUGGCUCAUUAUACUGCCAUUGAUCAUCCUAUUGAAGAUCGCCCACCUUAAGAUGACCGUUGUAACAUUGUUGCUGGGCGUACUUGGCCUGAAUGUGUUGUUGGUGGGCGGUGUCGGCUGGCUCAUACAUUAUUUGAAAUUUAAGACUUUGUGUAAAAUACAUCCACACUUAGUGCAAUCACAUUCGCACGUCUACGACUCCGAUCCGGCUGAUUAUUCCACAUUCAUUGGCAGUAGCUUUCCUAGCUCCUAUUAUAGCGGCGUUGGUGGCGGUGGUCAUGAAGUUAACUCAAAAGAUUGGGCCACAAGCAAGGCAUACCAUGGCAGAAAUUAUUUGGAUACAAUAAGUAAGCGGCUGAAAUAGCUGAGACUGUUGCCUUGGCGGUAUUUGCUGAGUAUUUGGCGAACAUUUUAUGUGCGUUACUAUCGUUUUUACGCAGAAGUGUUCGGAAAUCUGGGGUAGACAAGUAAGAUUAGCGAAUUUGUUAUAUAUUCCAUAUAAAGUAAAACUAUAGUCAGAUUUUGGUGAUGCUAUUUUAACGAUUU